AUGAUCAGCGCGGGCGAGCGCGCGUACAUAACCCAGUGCGUGGAGGGAGGGCUGCGCGGCGACGGCAGGGGAUGCCUGGAUCACAGGGUGACCCGCUUGGAUGUGGGUACCAUCCCGCAGGCCAACGGAUCGGCCAGGGUGCAGCUCGGCGGGACCGACGUCAUGGUGGGCGUCAAGGUUGAGAUUGGUGCACCACUGGCAUUUCGUCCUGAUUCUGGCCGUGUGGAAUUCAAUGUGGACUUCUCUCCUUGUGGAUCUCCUGACUUUGAGGGAAAGGAAGGCGAGGUCUUAGGAGCUGAUUUGGCGAAUGCACUAGCAAGAAGUGUUGUAGUUGGACCAGAUGGCAAAGCUGGGGGCCUGGACCUGGCAACCCUGUCCAUCUUGCCUGGAAACUCAUGCUGGGUGAUAUUUGUUGAUGCCCUGAUCCUGAACAAUGAUGGCUCGUUGCUGGAUGCUGUGACCAUGGCCAUGCGGGGGGCACUGGCAGAGAUCCGCAUACCUCACGUCGAAAUCACGAAGGGAGACAGUGCAGAGGUGCCUGAAUUUGAAAUAGACAAUGAAAAGUCCUCGAAAUUAGAUGCCGGAGCUGUACCGAUUAUUGUGACAGUCGCUAAGAUUGGGCGUCGCUAUUUGGUGGAUCUGACAUCUGAGGAAGAGCUUUGCUCGGAUUUUUCGCUCCACAUUGCGGUUAAUGCGGAAGGCCGAGUGUGUGGAGUCACGAAGAAAGGGAGCACACCUGUCCAUGCGUCUGUCAUGCAGGAGAUGCUGGAAUUGGCCCAGAGAAUUGGACCCAAGGUCAUAGAAUCUUUGGAUGCUUACAUUGUUGAUGUGUUGGGCGAGUGA